AAACGCAACACGAACGAAAAAUUGUUGUGAUUUGUGAGAAAAGUGAAGAAGUGAACAAAUUGCCCAAUAAUAAUAAUGAUAAUAUUGUCGUUUUAUACCUGAGUGCAUCACAUAACUUAUCUUUUGAAGUUUAAAGUUGUGAAUUCACAGCUUUUUGUGAAGCUCUUGAAAAUGGCACCUCGAAAAAAGCGAAAGCCGUCUCAAGCCGAAAACAUAAAAAUACUUGAACAGUUGAUAAUUGAUAAGGAUAAAAUAAUAAUUGAUAAGGAUGAAUCUAUCGCUAACCUAGAUAGAAAGUUGAAGAAGAAGGACAGUCUAAUAUCUGACUACAAAAAACUAUGCGUUCUUACCGAUUACAAUUUAAAUCGGUCUGUGUCGGACUUUGAUGGGGCCCAGAGAAUGGUAAAUUUUGCACAGCAUGUGACGUACUUGAAAAAUACCCUGGAAGCUAGAUGUGAUUCUUUGAAUGAGAAGGUCAACGCGUUGGAGAGUGAACUCGCAUACAAAGAACGCGUAAUUGAAAAGUGUGAAUUGGAAAUCAAGCAGUAUACUGCGAUGAAUGAUGAAUUCAAAAUUACUGUGGAAGAUCUGAAAAAUGAUCAAAUAAAGACAAAAUCUGAUUGUCAACGAUUGGAGGAAAAGGUUCUGCAAGCCACUAAAUGGGCCGCACGACUCGGAAAAGUUAUAAAGGAACGUGAGAUUCCUCUCUGCAAGUCGGAUGCUCGUCUCUUAGGUCAAAUUCAAAAGCAGCUGAAACAGAAGGGUUCUGUUCUGAAGGAAAGUGACGGAGAUCAAUUACAUGAAUCAGAGAUGUUGAAACACAGUGGUACUCAGACAGAUGAGUCUGCUCUAAACUCCAUGAUUUACAAGAAUUACAGAAAGGUUGCGGCCUACACAGAUGGCUUAGGAGUACUUUCACCGUGCUUAACAGCUGAUGAAGGCAUAGGUCUUUCGCCUGGAUUGUCUGAGAUAUCAUUAGCAACUCCUUGUUCUAAUUACAAAGACAACUUUCAAAGUUAUGGACCGCUCCACAAAGAGCCAACGUCUGUUGAUGAUGGUUCUAUUACUACGGAAAUCAUUGAGGACAGUCUCGAUCAUUCGCCAGCUACACCGGCCUUCUCUUUGUUCGAUGUGCAAGUUGGCAGCACUAGAGCAACAAUCUCCAUCGGUCCACAACUUACAAAUGAUAACAUCUUGAAUGGCUCAUCCGCAAAUUGGCCCAGCAUCGAUACAUUGAAUUUGUCCAACUGCAGUGUGGAGUCUGUAAAGGAUGACAUCUUCACUGCCCAUCUGAACGAUAAUGAUGACAUAGCCAAAAAUGAUAACCUAGUUACCAUAGAAGAAGAUCUAGAUGUAUCUGCCAAAAGCAAAAGUGAUACCAUAGUUACCAUAGAAGAAGAUGUUGAUGAAUCAGCCAAAUGCAAUGGUCUAGUGAGCAGUUAUAUUUUCCAAGAAGGUGACAAAACUUAUAAAAUGCUCAAAUAUAGAGACCAUUGCAAAAUUGUAUUGCCUCAUGAAGUUCCGAGAUUGUUGGAUGGACAGAUUCAAAAUUCUGAUGGUAAAAGCGUGGAGAUCUGUGAUAGAUUGAAGAACAAUGUGGAAGCAUUUAGUGGAGCAAAUGGAAAAUUUGAAGAAUGCAUAACGGGAAAAAAUCUGAAGAAGACACUUGAAGAAGUGGUCCCAGUUUGUCAAGAAUCCAACAAACUUGAUAAAGUAACUGAGUUAUUCUCACCAAUGAUUGAUAAAAAUUGGUACGUGGAUCCAAUUAGUGGAGAAGUGUCCCCAAUUCGUGAAAAAUCCGAUAAACUUGUUGAAUCACCACCAGUAACUGAAGUUUUCUCAUCAUCAUCAUCAUUGCCAUCAUCACCUGCCAAACGCAAUGGUUCAGUGAGCAGUUAUAUUUUCCAAGACGGUGACAAUACUUAUAAAAUGCUUAAAUAUAAAGACCAUUGCAAAAUUGUAUUAACUCAUGAAGAGCCCCAAAAUUCUGAUGGGAAAAAUGUCGAGAUCUGUGAUGGAUUGAAGUUCAAUGUGGAAGCAUCAAAUAGUACACAUGAAGAAUGCAUAACGGAAAAAAAUCGGAAGGAGACACUCGAAGAAGUUAUUGAUGAAGUUGCGCUAGCAACUGAAGUAUUCUCAACAGCUUCACCAAUGAUUGAUGAACAUCUGAACGUAAAUCCAGUGAGUGAAACAGUUGAAGAAGUGGUCCUAAUUUGUGAAAAGUCCGACAAACUAGAUGAAGUAAUUGAAGUAAUCUCUACAGAAUCACCAAUGAUCGAUAAAAAACUGGACGUAAAUCCAAUGAGUGAAACACUUGAAGAAGUGGUCCCAAUUUGUCAAAAGUCCGACAAACUUGAUGAAGUAAUUGAAGUAUUCUCUACAGAUUCACCAAUGAUUGAUGAAAAUCUGGACGUGAAUCCAGUGAGUGAAACGGUCGAAGUGGUCUCAAUUUGUGAAAAGUCCAAUAAACUAGAUGAAGUAAUUGAAGUAUUCUCUCCAGAAUCAGCAAUGAUUGAUGAAAAUUUGAACGUAAAUCCAGUGAGUGAAACAGUCGAAGUGGUCUCAAUUUGUGAAAAGUCCAACAAACUUGAUGAAGCUCCACUAGUAACUGGAAUGUUCUCUAAUCAAUCUCCAAUGAUUGAUAAAAAACUGUACGUGAAUCCAGUGAGUGGAAUACUGGAAGAAGUGGCCCCAAUUCGUGAAGAAUCCGACAAAGUUGUUGAAGAAUCACCAAUGAUUGAUAAAAAACUGUACGUGAAUCCAGUGAGUGGAAUACUAGAAGAAGUGGUCCUAAUUUGUGAAGAAUCCGACAAACUUGAUGAAGAAUCACCAAUGAUUGAUAAAAAACUGUACGUGAAUCCAGUGAGUGGAAUACUAGAAGAAGUUGUCCCAAUUUGUGAAGAAUCCGACAAACUUGAUGAAAUAACUGGAGAGUUCUCAGCCAUGAUUAAAGAUAAGGUUGCAGUUAAUCAUGAAAAUGACGAAGUUGAAGAUUGUAAUAAGAGAGUGGUAUGUGAACAAGUGAAUCUGUCGAACAAUAUCAAUGACCAUUUAGAGAAUGACUGCAAUGUUUCAUUUAUUGUAGAGGUAAAUGACUCUUGCCUUGAAGAAAUUAAUGCACUUCAAAAUGAUUCGAGUAUAGACAAUAAAUGUGCUGAUCUUCAACCAGGGGAUGGAGAAAAUAUAAGUGGAGACAAUUUGAUUACUGAAAUGACAACAGGACUAGACAAUAAAUGUGCUGAUCUUCAACCAGAGUAUGAAGAAAAUAUAAGUGAACAUGAUUUAAAAACUGAAAUGACAGUAGGAGAAGAUGACAUUUUUGAAGAAGGAAACAAAACUCUUCACACCAUUGUCAGUUCUUAUGAUAAAGAACAAUCAUCACCAUUACCUCCUCCAUUAGAACAUAAAGUUGGUGAAAUUGCCGAAGAAGAAAUUGAAUCUAUGUAUUCAGAGGCAAUGCAGCUUGAAAGCACAGAGCAAUCUUCAGGUUCAUCGUGUGCUUCUUUUGACCCUAUUCAUGAUGAGGACAAUGCUGCCAUAGAUCUUUCAAUAAAUGUGGAAAAUGUAAAUAAUGCUCAAAUAAACUCCGAAACACCAAAAAUAGAAGAGAACCCCCUGACAAGUAUUAGCUCAAUUUCGAUUGGUAACAACCUUCGCGAAAAUGAUGGAUGUAAAACAAAUUUUACGACUGAAUCAAAAAGCAUUGAAAACAAUAUGUCUUGUAUGGAAUCAAACCAAGACGCAGGUAUGCCUUUGGAUUUAUCUUUGCGUCAAAGUAAUCCUACGCUUCUUAAGACACCGACUCCGCCUCGUAAAAGUAUCUUUGAUAACUUGGAAAAUGUUACCGAUCUCAAUAAUCCACCUACGAAUCUCAACAUUCAUCAUAAGAGUCUCCACUUUGGAGACGAGCUCCAAGGUACGGAACAGCGCUCAAUGAUUUGUGGAACGAAACAAUUCAAAAUGCCAUUGCCUGUGAAGCAAGUAGAAGACCUGGAUAAUGCAUCAAAACAUAAAGACUCUAAUAGAAAAAUUCCAGUUGUUGAAGAUGAAGUACUGGAUAAAAUAAUGAGGAGAAUGCAAAUGAAAUCGAUAUUGAAAGGACCAUUAAUAUCUCCAAUUCCACCUUCUCCUCAAACUUUCAAACAAGGACCAAGUAUACAGAUGGAACUUUCAAUGCUAUCAUCCGCUGGAGAAAAGAGUUUUGCGGCUCCUGACCCUGUUGGAAGCUCAUCUUAUUCAAUCCGUAAAGAAGAAAUUUCAACUACAAAAAGUGACGUAUCCAGAAAUGCUCAUCACACUAAACAGGAAACAAUCAUUACUCUUCCAAAAUGUACUGAAGGAACUUCAUUGCGCAAUGUCAGUUCAAGUAAUACUUCGAAAUGCAACCUCAAGACAAUAAGUAAACGUGAUCAUGUUGGAAACUCAUCAUAUUCAAUCCACAAAGAAGAAAUGCCAUCUACAAAAAGUGAUGAAUCCAGAAAUGCCCAUCACACCAAACAGGACAGGGAACCUGGCUUCAAUGGAAUUCCAUCAAGAAUUCGAUCUCAUAGGGAGGAGGAAUCAAAAUCAUCAACUUCAGAGAAGACUGCUAAUGAAGCUAGCUGUAUUGAUGCUGUAAGACUUGAAGAUGUCAAACCCACACUGAAGUAUUCAUCCCCUAACGUUUCUAAUGUGGCUGAGUUUGAUAUUGAUAAAUUACUUGCUGAAAUUCGUAGAGACUUUGAUGUGCCUGAUUGCAUCGACGACUUUUCAGAUUCUGUUAGUAUAUCAGAUAUUCGAGAUUUGGAUUGUGAAGAAGUGAGUGAUUUCGAGAAUAUGCUCGUUUCAAGUAUAUUGUCGGAUGAACUUCCACCGGCGAAUACUCAGUCUGAAAUACAAUUUCCUGAUGUCAUCAUUGCAGAAAAGAUACAAAGUCCGCCUUGUGAAAUGGAAGAAGACAUCUGUGAAGAACAGACCAGUGUCCUAUCGACAACGUUAAUCGAUCAACAUGCUAAUAAAUCGGAAGUAGAUGAGGGUUUUUCAAAGGCAACUGAGAACGCCGCAUCUUUGCUUGCUGAUAUUCCAAAAGCAACUGAGAACGCCGCAUCUUUGCUUGCUGAUAUUCCAAAAGCAACUGAGAACGCCGAAUCUUUGCUUGCUGAUAAUCCUACAGAAACAUCUCCGGGAUUCAGCAAGAUUUGUACAAACGGAAACAAAAUUCUGCCAGAUUCUGCUCAAUCCUGUAAUGGAAGAGCACAAUGCUCCGAUUCAACCAUCUUGUUCCAAGGAAUUGAAAAUCAGGAAUCAAGAUCAUUAGAAAAUAGUGAUGGAAGUUUUGCAGUGCCAGACAAAGUUUCAAAGUCAGAUGAAUCUGAUUUCAGAGGCUCACUUCCUAAUGAGCCAAUGAUUUCUGAUCCCAUUUAUACUGGCCAUGAAGGAGAGCAAAAUACAAAUCAGUCAAUCCUCGCCAAUGAACAAUCUACAUUGAACUCAUCCCGAGAAAAUUGUGAAUAUUCUAAAUUAUCGGAUGAAUUAAUUGGAAUGGAUACGGCUCAACAUAGUUAUGAAGGAGUAUUGGGUACAAAUAACGUCAUCCCCGCUAAUCGUCUUGAGGCUUGCUCAUUGAAAUCUUCAGAAACCAAUUUUGAGUAUCCUCCAGCUUCUAAAAAUCUCUCAGAAUCAGAUGGAUCUGAUUUUAAAGGUUUUGCUACCGUGAACUCAUCAGAUAAACCAGUUGGAAAUUCGACAGUUUCUGAAAAUCUUGUAGAUCCAGGUGAGUCUGUCAUUGAAAAUUGGACCAGCUCAUCGAAAUCGUUAGAAAAUGCUUCAGUUCCUAAACUUCUUUCAGAUCCAGAUGAGUCUGACUUCAAAGGUUGGGCCAGCACAUCAGACAAACGUAUUGAAAAUCCUCCAGUUUCAAAAAAUCUCGCUGAUUCAGAUGAGUCCGACUUCAAAGGUUGGGCCUGUACAUCAAACACAUCAGACAAACGUAUUGAAAAUCCUCCAGUUUCAAAAAAUCUCGCUGAUUCAGAUGAGUCCGACUUCAAAGGUUGGGCCUGUACAUCAAACACAUCAGACAAACGUAUUGAAAAUCCUCCAGUUUCAAAAAAUCUCGCUGAUUCAGAUGAGUCCGACUUCAAAGGUUGGGCCUGUACAUCAAACACAUCAGACAAACGUAUUGAAAAUCCUCCAGUUUCUAAAAUUCUCUCUGAUUCAGAUGAGUCUGACUUCAAAGGUUGGGACUGUACAUCAAACACAUCAGACAAACUUAUUGAAAAUCCUCCAGUUUCUAAAAAUCUCUCUGAUUCAUAUGAGUCUGACUUCAAAGGUUGGGACUGUACAUCAAACACAUCAGACAAACGUAUUGAAAAUCCUCCAGUUUCUAAAAUUCUCUCUGAUUCAGAUGAGUCUGACUUCAAAGGUUGGGCCUGUACAUCAAACACAUCAGACAAACUUAUUGAAAAUCCUCCAGUUUCUAAAAAUCUUUCAGAUAAGUCCGACUUCAAAGGUUUUUCUCCACAAGUUGAAAAAAUUGAAGCUGUCCAAUUGGAUUAUGGGAGAACAACCCCUCCAGAUCAGCAUUGUAAGAAAGAGAAGACAACUAUGAUAAGUAGUAAUUCUAUCCUGAUCCAGAAAACAAGAAUUAUUCAGUCUCCUACAAGAAGUUCUUUCAGACUGGAACAAAUGGAAAAAUGUAAUAAGUUUGUAUGCCGAACAUGUAGUGUUGAUGACAAAUGUAACUUGUUAAAUUAUUCUAAAAAGAGAAUUUGCGAGUCUCCGAUCGCAGCAAAUGAGCCACUUUCACCAGCCAAAGUUACGAAAACUAGAGAGACCAGUCUUACAAGACAGAACAAAACACCUUACAUGAGAAGUAAAAGUGUUCCAAAAGAUUUCAGUUACAUGGUGACUAGAAGCGGAAAACGUAUUUUGAGAGCUGGUAGUGAAGAAAAAUCGUCUCCGAGUUAUAAAAGAGAGAUUCCAGAAGACAAUCUUUCGUUAGAAAGGAUACCAAAUAUUGAUGAAGUUGAUACUAAUGGAUAUAAAAAUGCUCUGAAGUCUAGAAAUGUGAACCCUCGGGGAAGGCCUAUUCACAGACGCAGCCAUCCUUUCUACAACAGCAGAAGGACAUCUUUGCAGUUUAAUAACGAUGAAGUGAAUUCUUUAAGAGAGCACAAGGAUGAAAGUGAACCACUGGUAGUGGAAAAUCAUAGAAAUCUAUCAAAUUAUUCAGAAAAGAGAAUUUUCGAAACAUCGAUCGCAGAAAAUGAGAUACUUUCACCAGCCAAAGUAACAACAAGUAAAAAGGCCAUUCUUCCAAGAAAUGACGAAGCAUGUUCACCUAUUAUCACAAGAAGUAAAAGUGUGCCAAAGGAUUUCAGUUACAUGCUGACUAGAAGCGGAAAACGUAUUUUGAAACCUGGUAGUGGAGACGCUGAUCAAAUUGAAGCAAAAUCGUCUCCGAGUAAUAGGAAAGAUGUUUCAGAAGACAAUCUUGAUGAAGUCGAUACUAUAUCCAGUGAAAAGCGUGAAUGUGAAGUGGCUAAUGGAUAUAGAAACUCUUUGAAGUCGAGGAAUGUGAACACUCGAGGAAGGCCUAUUCGAAGAAGCAGCCAUCCUUUCUACAACAGCAGAAGGAGAUUUUCGCAGUUCGAUGAAGUAAAUACUUUGAGAGAGCACAAUGAUGAAAGUGAACCAAUGAUUGUGGAAAAUGAUAGAAAUCUAUCAGUCGGAAGGCUUCAUGAUGAGAAUGCAGCAUGUGAAAGGUCGUCAGUCAUUAAAGAAUGUGAGUCAGAGCAUUUAUCCUCUUGUUUUAGUACUGGGAAAACUAAUGAAAGUGAAAAACGUCCGUGUUUGUUUGUCGAUUGUGUGAAUGAUUCGUUACAAGACAGCCCGCUUAGUCCGAUCGAUGACGAGGAUCUCAAUGACUAUGAUCAUUUCAAACAAAAUAGUGAAGAGUUUUUGUCAACUGACUCUAUUAAUACGAUGGAAACUAAUAUUACUGUCAACGUUAGUCAUGAUCAUAGUAAUUUUGGUGGUGCUUUACAAAUCGACUGUCAAGAAAAUGAUGAAAUCCCACACAAAAACUACUGCGAAGUAGAAAAUGGAGGGGAAUUUUCAUCGAGUAAUUGCUAUGAAAAUGAUAUUUCUAGUUUGAAAACAUGUCAACGUCAUAUUCCUGUUAUUAGCAUUGAACAUCGUAAAAGUCUAAGAAGGAUUCCCAGAACAACAUCCACCAUUACUUCUCAAGCUCCUGCAACUGAUACGGAGUCUAGUUUGGAAAUAGAUCUACCUGAAACAUCGACCGCCCCUGAACCUUCCAUCGGAAAAGUCAUCACUUUCAAUUUCUACUCUGAAGUCAGUGAGGCAACACAGAAGUCGUCCAACAAACGUAAGAGUGAUGACUCUGAGUCGCUCAAUCUUCAACCAAAAAUUAGGAAAAUAGAAGAAGAUCUCUCAUCACAGACGAUAUCAUCACACCCAGUUGAUGCGGAAAAUCCAGAUGCUCCAAAAUGUGUUAAAGAGAAAAUAAAAAUGGUGAGAUGUGAAAAUGUGAUAGUUACGGCAUAUGAUUACCACAGAAAGGACUUAUUCAAGGGCUACUCCAAACUUGAUCAAUCAAACCCCGAGGAAGAAUCUGAAGAGGAUAGUGAGGUGGCUGAGUAUGUAUUUACAAGAGUGGCCAGGGCCGUGUUGGAAAAUAACGUGGCCGAUGAAACUGACACCUGUGAUGACAGUGAAGACAGUGAAGAAUGUGAACCCUGGACUGUUGAGGUCGUAACAGAAUGUCUGGAACAACUAAGAGGGAUACCAAACAACGUGAUAGCAAAUUUGAUAGUUGACACAUUGUACAAUGACGAAGGCGAGGUGGAUUUGGAUGGACCCGCUCCUCUCACCGAUCUCCAGAAGAAAGUCUUGACAAUAUCGUGUAAAUUGUGCGCAGACACUGUCAACCAUCCACAUUUUCUCCAAUCUUUAUUGUCAGAACUGAGAAGGUUUCUGCUCAACUAUGAAGAAUCUGAAACGGUGACACGCUACUGUCUGUAUGUAAGAUUUCUAACAAUUCUGUGUAGAAUACACAGCGAGGUAGAAGAAAUGCGGUCAUUCAUCUAUGAUGCUUUGUAUCGGAAAAAGAUGGCAGGAAUUCCUAUGGUCUACACUGCUCUGAUUAUGUGGCCUCCUCUCCUGCCUUUUGCUCAGCCCUUAGAAACAGCAUCUCCCUUGUCUUUGGGCAUCACUCAAGUUAUUUUGAAUCAUAUAAUGAGAGACCAUAAUCAAGUGUAUAAAAUAAGGAAGAUUGAACAUAUUCUACGCAAAUAUUACGGCUAUUCAAGAUUGGAACCAAUUGAAGUAUUCAAGCAUUUAAUGAGAAGAAUUAAUACCGAAGGAGCACUUGAAGCAGUCGCCCUACUCUGUAAAAAAAUUGGACCGCAUUGGACCGUGAAGUUUGUGGUUGAAGGCACAUUGUUACCUAUAUUGAAUGAAUACAAGCUGAACAAGAAUAACAGUGCAGCUGCUAUCAAUGCCAUGAGAGUAUCAAGUUAUGUUCUCCGUCCAUUAUUACAGGGUCGGUAUACCGGCAAACUGAAUUUAGUAAUGGGAACUAUUGGCACCUUACUCACUGAUCCUGAAGCGGAUGAUAUGAUCGAGGCAGUAGCCGCUGAGAGUUUGUGCAGAUUGAGCAGAGGAAACAUGAAGCUAUGCGCAGAACUGCUCAUCAAGUGGAAGCCUCGAAAUGGAAAGGUGUCAUUGCAGCUGAUUGAGCUGAUGAAGGUUUUCAUUGCACGACUAAAACCUGUCCGAUGGCUCGAGUUGAUGACGGAAAACAAUCUAAUCAAAGCUCAAGGCCAAAAAUCUCAGUGAAGUGACACGGAGACCACAUUACUUGCCGCUAUUUUGUGAACGCUAAGUUCCUCAGAAGUUCAACGUUUCGUUUUUCCUGUAAAUAUCUAUAACUUUAUUCGUAAUUCAAUAUUUUUAUUAUUCUUUACGUAUUGAACAGAUUGUUGAAGUGUUUUCUGUUCAUGAACAAGUUGGUGCAAGUGUGCUGUUAUUACAUUCGUACAAUGUAUAUCCCACUACAAAGCGAUCACAUGAUUGAAAAAUCAUUAUGUUAUAAGGUGAUAUUUUACUAGUUUUACAUGAAGGAUGAUGAUGAUGAUGAGUUUUGAAUACUGCGAACAAGCUCUGUGGUAGCGACAGUUACGAAUCAGUACUAUAGUGUGGUCCACGUUAUAAUGGCAGUGGAGAAAGAUGGGAGAACAGCGUUGCCGAUUCUCUGCCUUGCCACUGCCUUCUAUAAAAUAUAGCUGAUAUCGGUAUUAUCAUAAUAUCAACUGUUCAUUCCUGUUAAAAAAGUAAUUGAGUUAAUGAUAAAUUUUUAUUAUUGAGAUUGAAUACUUUGUUAAUUAAUUAAAUUUUUACAUUAUUGAUAAACGUUGUGGCAACGUUGCCGAGUAAGAAAAUAUUUUUAUUUAUUUAUUGUUUAAAACACUAUAAUCAUAAUAUAAUUAUGA